AUGAGUGCUGCAGCAACAUUCUUUGUUGAAGGAUGGAAGCGCUACAAUACAGAUGUUGCGUGGAGAUUAGGGCUGCUCGAUACUGGAUCCCAUGAGGAGGGAAUGCGGUUGGCAUAUCUGCUGCAGUCGUUACGCUCAAGCAGUGCCCACAAUUCGUACAGCUCAAAGCCGGAACCAGUAGUUAUUCCGAUAUGGCAACGACUUCCGAGGAUUCUCGCUUCCGGUGUCACAGUCAUCUUCUUUCUGUGUUUAAUACUCGCCGCUGUUAUUGGUACUAUAAUAUAUCGAAUUGUAUUAAUGCAGGUGCUUUAUCGAGUGGAUAGUAUGCGCCCGUUUGCUGCCAUUUUCACCUCCGUUACUACCGCCAUUCUGAAUCUCAUCGUUAUUCUAAUUAUGAGUUAUUUUUAUAGUUAUCUUGCCUUGAAACUAACCGAUUGGGAAUAUCCGCGCACACAGUCCGAAUUUGAACGAAGCUAUACUGUGAAAGUUUUCCUAUUUCAGUUUAUCAAUUAUUAUUCGUCUAUAUUUUAUGUAGCUUUCUUCAAAGGAAAUUUUUCUGGUCUUCCUGGCCGACGAGUAUUAGGACUUCGACCUGAAGAUUGCGAUUCAGCUGGAUGUAUGGUGGAGCUUGUUAUUUUGCUGGCAACAAUUAUGUUUGGAAAAACCGCAUAUAAUUCUGCUAUGGAAUUUUUCAAUCCGGUUAUUUUAACCAUCUUUCGUGGAUUCUCUUUGAAUGUUCCGGAAGCAAGAAGUCAUCGGAUUGAACAGUUCCGACGGCAGAAACGAAAGGAAAUGUACUCGAAAGUUGAAACUGUGCGUCGCUGGGAAUGGGAUUAUGCUCUAACACCAACCUAUGAUCAAUUC